AUGCAGUCCACAGCUAUAGAGCUACAGAAAGAAAACAACUUGAGGAUUACAGAAACAAACCUCUCAAAACCAGUGGAAUUUGUUCUCUUGGGAUUUUCUGAUAUUCCCAAAUUACACUGGUUUCUCUUUGGAAUAUUCUUAGUCAUCUAUGUGAUUAUCCUGUUGGGGAAUGGUAUCAUUAUUCUGUUAACAAGACUAGAGCCUAGCCUCCAGACCCCCAUGUAUUUCUUUAUCAGCAAUUUUUCUUUCUUGGAAAUAUGUUAUGUGUCUGUUACUAUUCCUAGAAUGCUCAUGGAUCUUUGGACUCUGAAAGGAAACAUUUCUUAUUUGGCCUGUGCUGCACAAAUGUGCUUCUUCCUUGUGCUAGGGGCCACAGAGUGCUUCCUCCUGGCUGUGAUGGCCUAUGACCGCUAUGUGGCCAUCUGUAACCCUCUGCAUUAUCCUCUUGUCAUGUGCCACAAGGUGUGCACCCAGCUGGUGGUUGGCUCUUGGGUUGGUGGAAUUCCAGUUCAGGUAGGGCAGACGUUCCAGAUUUUCUCUCUGCCCUUCUGUGAAUCUCACCAAAUAAAUCAUUUCUUCUGUGACAUUCCCCCCAUGCUCAAGCUGGCCUGUGGAGACAUCUUUGUGAAUGAGAUGGUUGUCUAUGUAUUCGCUGUGUUGUUUGUCACUGUUCCUUUCCUGUUAAUCCUUGGAUCCUACAGCCAAAUAAUCUCAACCGUCCUCAAAUUACCAUCAAACACAGGAAGGAGCAAAGCCUUUUCCACAUGCUCCUCUCACCUUAUAGUUGUCUUUUUGUUCUAUGGAUCAGCCUCUGUCUCCUACUUAAACACCAAAUCCAAUCAGUAUGAAGGAACAGACAAACUACUCUCUCUAUUCUAUACUAUUUUAACCCCAAUGUUCAAUCCUAUGAUAUAUAGCCUCAGGAACAAGGAUGUCACUCAAGCACUGAGAAAAACCUUGUCUCUUAGGUUUAACCUAAUCUUAGGUUUUAUGCAUAUUAUCAGAUCCACAGGGGAUGUUGCUAACCACAAUUUAAGAAGAUACAGUUUUCACUAA